UUGGUUUCAUCCUAGCUCGCUUGCGGUUUUUAACGUUACGCCGAUUGCGUACUGCCGCUGCGCGUGUAAUCCGUUGCUGUGUAUGCGUUCUGGGGGGUUUCUUGUUUACGCUAUUCGCGUAUCGCCCCAUUUCGCUGCUGGUCCUAAUAGUGGCGCGGAAGAGCAGCUUAUUUUCCUCUUUAGACCCGUGGAGGGGUUCUGUCCAAGCUUGGGAAGCGGGCUCUAAACUUUCCCCUUUUCGGGGCCAAAUGAAGCACCUUCUUGUAUGAGGAAGGGGCCUUGUGUGUGGCACAGUAGCCAAGUCCUGUGGGACAGUGGAGGGACAGUAGGCUACCCCAAACUGAGUAGUGGCAGAGUAGUGGUCCACUGCACAGGUGUGGCAGAGUGAGCAUGGUAGGCUAGUAGCAUUUUUUGUUGUUGUCAAAGAGCAUUAGACAGAAUUGAGCACCAAAGAUUGACAUUGCAAUAGGAAGGGUUUGAUGUUGCAAAAGAUUGAUAUUGCAAUGGUAAUCUUAAGAGCUAUGAAUGGUGUCUCCUUGCUUCUGCCCAUGAGUUCAGUCAGAGCACUGUAAAAGCGAUCUCUUGAACUGCCAGCAACUGUUAAGUUCUCAAGAAAUGACAUUGCCUCUGUUGCAAAGCAGUGGUGUUAGAUUCUCAAAACAUUAUAAGCAGCAAGGACAUUUGGCUACAGGCACAAGCUAGAACCAACUUGCAGUGAGUAGUCACUUUUGCCCCCCAGUCAUGUGAAAGAAUAACAAAACAGGCUAACUUUCCUUAUUAAGAGUCAUGGUGGAUAUUGUGCUCUCUGAAUAAACUAGCAGUCAAUAAUUUUUGUCCGACAGUAAGCAACUGUUGAUAGGCAACUUAGGAAGCCCACUAUCCAAAUGUUUUGGAAAGGCAGGAUGAAAGGGCUGCAAGGUUAGGGACACAGGCAGCCAUAGGAGUGAACUGUGAUCCAUUAAAAGAGAUGUGGUAGAAGGCUGAUUUCAUGAGAACUGCAAGUGAGGAAAAGAUUUCGAAGGAAUAGAUUAAUAGUAUUUCUUAAGAGAAGAAUGUCGAAUCACCACAUGUCUCCAGCAGGUGAUAGAUGGCACUUCCCAUGGGGGAUGAAUAAUAUGUGCUCCCCUACCAAUGAACCUUGGCCAAUGCGACUGCCAUUUCUUGAGGCUGACCUGCGGCUGCAAUCGAUGUGUGCGGGCUCGAUGCAGCAGCCUGUUCGGCGCAGCCUCCCUCGGUCCAGGUUGUUGCCGCCUCCUUCCGCCCCGCUCCCGCCGCCUUUGCACCCGCCGAUCGAUGCUCUCGGGCCUCCCGCAGCCAUUUUAAGCGGGGAGAGACCGAGGCCGAAAGACGGGCUGACUACUGGAAGGCAACCUAUGCUCACAAUGUAUAGACCAAAAGUAAGCCUAAAAGACAGGCAACAGCUUUACAAGCUCAUCAUUAGUCAGUUGUUGUAUGAUGGAUACAUUAACAUUGCUAACGGUUUGAUAAACGAGGUGAAGCCACAGUCUGUCUGUGCACCGUCUGAGCAGCUGUUACAUCUUAUUAAAGUGGGAAUGGAGAAUGAUGACAGUGCAGUGCAGUAUGCCAUUGGACGCUCUGACACAGUCGCUCCAGGUACAGGCAUUGACUUGGAAUUUGAUGCAGAUGUACAAACGAUGUCCCCAGAGGCUUCUGAAUACGAGACAUGUUAUGUCACAUCUCACAAAGGACCGUGUCGUGUCGCUACGUAUAGCAGAGAUGGACAGCUAAUAGCUACAGGAUCUGCUGAUGCGUCAAUUAAAAUACUUGAUACGGAGAGAAUGUUGGCAAAGAGUGCUAUGCCUAUUGAGGUCAUGAUGAAUGAAACUGCACAGCAGAACAUGGAGAACCACCCUGUUAUCAGAACUCUUUACGAUCAUGUGGACGAGGUGACAUGCUUAGCGUUUCAUCCAACAGAACAGAUCCUUGCUUCUGGAUCGAGGGAUUACACACUUAAAUUGUUUGAUUACUCAAAACCAUCUGCUAAAAGAGCUUUCAAAUAUAUCCAGGAAGCAGAAAUGCUACGUUCUAUCUCUUUCCAUCCUUCUGGAGACUUUAUACUUGUUGGUACCCAGCAUCCUACCUUGCGACUCUAUGAUGUCAAUACUUUCCAGUGUUUCGUGUCUUGCAACCCUCAAGACCAGCACACCGAUGCUAUAUGCUCAGUUAAUUACAACGCAAGCGCUAACAUGUAUGUGACGGGAGGUAAAGACGGAUGCAUCAAACUAUGGGAUGGUGUUUCAAAUCGCUGCAUUACGACUUUUGAGAAGGCGCACGAUGGAGCGGAAGUUUGUUCUGCCAUCUUCUCCAAGAACUCCAAAUAUAUCCUGUCAAGCGGAAAAGACUCCGUAGCGAAGCUAUGGGAGAUAUCCACUGGAAGAACCCUGGUCAAAUAUACAGGAAUCUGGACGUUAGAAAGAAAGGCAUCAACCUCUUUUUCUUGGGGAGCUGGUCUAAGUGGACGUCAGGUUCAUAGGACCCAGGCAGUCUUCAACCACACUGAAGAUUACGUCCUUCUUCCCGAUGAAAGAACCAUUAGCCUCUGCUGCUGGGACUCAAGAACAGCAGAACGAAGGAAUCUCCUUUCCUUGGGGCAUAACAGCAUCGUCCGCUGCAUAGUUCAUUCUCCCACCAAUCCUGGUUUCAUGACGUGCAGCGAUGACUACAGGGCUCGGUUUUGGUACCGAAGGUCAACCACGGACUGAAGCUGCAUUAGUUAAAUAGCUGCCUGGGUUUUAUGGCAUUUUUUCCUACAAAAAUUAUUUUUCUUUUUUUUUACUUUGAAUUUAAACAGUUUGGACUAAAUUUUCUAUAACAAAAAAGGCAAAAAAAAUUCCUUGUUUGUACUUUCUGGUCAUCUGGCCACGAAGUAGAUUUUUCCGUCAUUCUUUUGGACUUUUUAACAACUUGUUGUUCUUAAAAUGUUGCAGAUCAAUUAAACUGAAAGUUCUGAUUAAA